GGAACGUGGAAGGUGGAGAACACCUUAAAGAUCCCCGAGCCCGAGCGACGAUUCGUGUCAAAAAGUUCUCGACGGUCAUCCAGGCCAUCACCAACGUUCACCAGGUGCGACAAACGUGCAAUUUCCUUCUCGAGCUGCUACAACGAUGAAAACUUCGUCGAUCCUUGCAUUGGUGGUGGUCCUUUACGGACUCUUCUGGUUAACAUUCAUCGACGCCAGUCCCACACCGAGUACUACCACAGGGCUGGAAUUAACCGAUGAGGCGAGGAACGUCAUUUCGUCGCUGUGGAACGAGGCGUCCGGCUUCAGAAAAACCGUGAUGUCCUACGCCCAAAGCUUGGAGUCCAAACUCACCACUAUACCUAGGGAGAUCAUGACAAAUAUUAUACAAUAUUUAAGAGCUAUGUUCAAACAGGUCGUUUCAUUCUUUGGCCUGUCGGGCAACUCGUUUCUGGGAUUCGACAUAAACAAUACUUCCUCCAGCGGGAAAAGUCGAAGAAGCAUAGUAACCGGGAUCGUAUACCCGACUCACAACUUGCUGGAUCGAUUAACCUAACCUCAAAGUUUCAGGACUAUUAUAACAAUCAAACGCAAAAGUGUUGAUUUAUGUAGAAAUAUAAAUAAAAAUAUCAGAGUAUAA